CUACACCGUCAUUCACAACAUUCACUCAAGUCCCGAAGACACGAGAGCAACGCCAGCAUCACUCUGAACGAGCCAUCAACUGAGAAAUGGACCCCUGCGAGUGCGCCAAGACUGGAACCUGCAACUGCGGAGGAUCCUGCACGUGCACAAAGUGCUCAUGCAAGAGCUGUAAGAAGAGCUGCUGCGACUGCUGCCCAUCCGGCUGCAGCAAAUGCGCCUCUGGCUGCGUGUGCAAAGGGAAGACGUGCGACACCAGCUGCUGCCAGUGAGGAGUCUGCAGCAUCAGCUCUCUGCUGAAAUUAUGGAGUCAUUUAUUUGCCACUAAUCAUAAAUUUACACGUCCACGAAAUGGUGACGGAUGAUUUUGUACUUGUCUUUGGGUGUCUGAAAUAAACAUGUUUAUUGACGCUA